AUGAAAGGGCACGGCUGUGGGAAUAGGGAUGGACCCCUCUGCCCGGAUCUAACCCUGUGUUGUUGUUUUGUUUCCUCUUGUUGUUUUCAGCUGCAGACGUUCCAGGUGCCCUCCUGCGCCUCCAAGCAGGAGCUGACGAGCGGUGUGGCGGUGGCACAGGUCCUGCACAGGAUAGACCCGGGCUGGUUCAAUGAGGCGUGGCUCGGACGAAUCAAAGAAGAGAGCGGAGAGAACUGGAGGCUGAAGGUGAACAACUUGAAGAAGAUCCUGCAGAGCAUGCUGGAGUACUUCCAUGACGUUUUGGGCCACCACGUUUCCGACCAUCACUUGCCUGAUGUGAACCGGAUCGGGGAGCUCAAUGACGAGGCUGAACUGGGCAAGCUGGUCCAACUGGUGCUGGGCUGUGCGGUCAGCUGUGAGAAGAAGCAAGCUCACAUCCAGCAGAUCGUCACCCUGGAGGAGUCCGUGCAGCACGUGGUGAUGACGGCCAUCCAGGAGUUGAUGACGAAGGACCCAGCAGAUCCAGGGAGCCCAGAGACGUACGGAGACAUCGACAAUCAGUCCUGGAAGUAUUAUUUCUUGAGUGAGGCUCCGUCUGAGAAGGAAGAUUUGACCCUACGAUGCAGGGAGCUGGAACAGCAGGUGUCCUCUCUCCAGGAUGAGAGGAACGCUCUGCUGUCUGAGACCCGUGGCCUGAGAGAGCAGCUGAACCAGCGAGAGCUGCUGGACCCUCCCACUAACAUCACGGGCAAGAAGCUGCUGCUGCUGCACAGCCAGCUGGAACAACUGCAGGACGAGAACUUCAGGUUGGAGAGCUCCAGAGAUGACCUGCGCCUGCAUGCUGAGGAGCUGGAGAGGGAGGUGUCCGAGCUGCACCGUCGAAACGAGGACCUGAGCAGCCUGGCGGAGGAGGCCCAGUCCCUCAAAGACGAGAUGGACAUCCUGCGGCACUCUUCGGACAGGGUGAGCCGGCUGGAGGCGCUGGUGGAGACGUACAAGAAGAAGCUGGAGGACGUGGGAGACCUGCGCAGGCAGGUGAAGCUGCUGGAGGAGAGGAACAGCGUGUACAUGCAACGCACCUGCGAGCUGGAGGAGGAGCUGAGGAGAGCCGGCACUGUGCGCAGCCAGCUGGACAGCUACAAGAGACAGGUCCACGAGCUCCACAGUAAGCAUUCCUCGGAGGCGAUGAAGGCAGAGAAGUGGCAGUUUGAGUUCAGGAACGUCCACGUGAAGUACGAGGCCCUCCUGAAAGAGAAGGAGAGGCUGAUCGCCGAGAGGGACACCUUACGAGAGACCAAUGAAGAGCUCAGGUGUGUGCAGGUGGAGCAGACGUUCCUCAGCGAAGCAGAUUCCCUUCGUGAGGAAGGCGCCAGUUCAGCGGGCAACCUGGCAGCAGAGAUUAUGCCAGCGGAAUUCAAGGAAUCGAUGGCGCGGCUGCAGUCCGAGAACAGGAUGCUGUGCGCGCAGGAGGAGAGCUGCCGGCAGAGACUGGCCGAGGUGCAGGGCCAGCUGGAGGAGACCCGGAGGAACCAGAACUGCCUGGAGACUCAGAACCGGCUGGACCAGCAGCAGAUCAGAGAAUUGAAGGUGCAGGUGCAGGAGCUGCAGAAGACUCUACAAGAACAAGACAGCAAGACCGAGGACGCUAUUUCAUCCUUGUUGAAGAGAAAACUAGAGGAGCACCUAGAGAAGCUCCACGAGGCGCACUCGGACCUGCAGAAGAAGAAGGAGUUUAUCGAUGACCUGGAGCCCAGAAUCGACAGCGACUCCGCGAGGAAGAUUGAAGAGCUCGAGGAGAUCCUGAAGAAGAAAGACGAGGACAUGAAGGCGAUGGAGGAGCGCUACAGGAAAUACGUGGAGAAGGCACAGACGGUUGUUAAAAGUCUGGACCCAAAGCAGCAGCCUGAUACCGUGGCUCCCGAGAUCCGGUCUCUGAAGAACCAGCUGCAGGAGAGAGAGAGCAAGAUCCAGCACCUCCAGCAUGACUUUGAGAAGUCCAAGUCCAGACAUGACCAGGAGGAGAAGCUGAUCAUCAGUGCCUGGUACAACAUGGGAAUGGCUCUUCAUCAGAAGCUGGCGAAGGAGAGGACCGGGGCUCCAGGACACGCACAGUCCUUCCUGGCUCAGCAGAGACAGACGACCAGCGCGCGCAGAGGACUGAAGAACAGGCUGCAGCAGGGCCUGCCUCGAUGAGGGAGGAGCCAGGGAGCCAGGGGAGGAGCCGGGGAGCUGGGAGGAGGAGCCAGGGAGCUGGGAGGAGGAGCUGAGGGAGGGAGCUUCCAGAAAUCACAGCUUUACAAGCACAGUACAGUACAGAGACCGAUUUUUAUAUAGAGACUUUUCUGCCUCCGAUCGGGACAGGGAGCAAAUCAACACGCUGCCGCCCUGCUGGUGACACCUGGGUAACGCAGUCCAGUUUCAGUUCAGAAUGAAGAGGCAGAGAUUAGCCAGUGGUACCUCAUGAUCCACUCAGUUUGAUAAUAGGGUUUCUAGUGUGCCACUAGGGGGUGUCGGUUUUUAUUCUUUUAUUGGUGUGUUUUCAAUCUAAUUAUUUUAAUCUUACUGCUCUACUGUAUCCCCUCCUUUUCCAAACCUAUACCAAAAAAAAGAGUUGUGUUUGAAUGUGGAACACGCUGAGAA